CAAGUGUUUCGCAUCAAGGGGACUGCAGACCAGAGUGAAGCCCAGCCCGAGCAGACUCCAGAAUCUUGAACGCAUAAUCAUCCCCACCUCUGUUGGCGACUUCUGGCGACUUUGACGAACACGCAUUUUCACAUGCAUUUUGCCAAGCACAGCUUAGUCAGGGUCUGCAAUAACUAACAACAACCCGUGUGGCCCGACUCUUGUUGAUCGCCAUUCGAUCAUGUCUGACGCCGACAAACAAUAUUCUCAGAACUUCACGCGGACGACCGAAAACUUGGGCAGCCCUUCAGUAGAUCAUUCAAAUGACGCUCAGGGCCUCAACGCCAACCAGGCACUAAACACCGACGAGCUAUUCGAUGAUCCCACCUAUCCUGACGCCGCACCCGAUGAACUUCUCCCACCUCCCGAUUUUCGCCCAUUCUUUACUCUGAUCGAGGACCCCGACACCGGCGAACACCAUCAUCCAUCAGUACACUACAUCUUCUCAGAUGACAAUCCUGACGUUGUCACCUCCACCAUCGUGGAAGGAAUAGAUCGAGAGCUCGCUAAUGCACCGCUGGAGAAACGACCAACGAACAAACGCGAGCGCAUGAUCCUGCUUGACAUAGCACCUGAUGGGAAGACCGUAAACGAAGCUCAAAGCCUCAGUCCACACUGGCAGAUUCUCAAGACAACGGUCGGCCAGGCACCGUCAUGGGCGGACGAAGUGUCAAGAAAGGACAUACCGGGUCUCAUGUUGAACAUCCAGGGCAUGGAAAGCCACAAGCUCAAAUUACAGUCAGAUCGCCCUAAGGGUCCGCAAGAAGACAUUAUGGCCCGUGUUGAGGCUAUGAUCGGUGGCUACAGCGAUUGCUUGUCUACUUUGGAAGGUCUCGUCAAGAGAGAUGUUCUAAAGGAUGAAGAAGGCGCACCAGUGGUAACGACAGAUGUUGCUGCCACCCAUGACGACUGAGGAAUGAUGUGAUGAAUGAUGGCAAUGGCUUAUGAUAUCAAAUUCUUGAUCCUC